UGAUGCUGGGACUUUCGGGGCUGAAGAUGCAGUAGGGCGGAUGGAGGAAGACCGGUAGGUGGGUUGGAAGAAAAAAGACCAACAAGAUGAGCGACUCGGUAAGGAGCGCGGAUGCGAAUGUGUCAGCCUCCUUGUUAUAUGCAGCGAUGGUAGAAAAGCCACAGGCCUUCGAUUGUUGCUUCCCCGGAGCUGGGCCGUAACACCGAGGCUCGGCUGAGGAUGAAGUCCACCGUUGAAUACGAAUUUGAGUAGUGUGAAGAAGAUAGCUCCCUGUCUCUAUUUUACGUCAGUACACCAAGGCAGAGCACGGUGAAUUGUGUCAUGGGUUUAGCCGGUCGCCAUCUCCACUCUCCCGUGUCGCCGUAAACCGCACUUCAAAUUGAACGGAAACCACCCGUCAUCAUCAUCAUCAUCAACAUCAUCUCGAAGUCGCAGUGUGUUCCAACAUGUACGCGUCGAGAGUACAACCUCGCCUGUUGCCAGCGUUUGUGGCGUGGGCCAUACUGUGUCAGCUAGGCGGCGGCCAGUCGGCGCCGGACGCCUCGGGCCUGCCUCUAGCUAUUCGCUUGCCUCUCAGCCAAGCAGCUCGCACCGAACCGUCGCCGCCUCUCGAGCGCGGUCACGCGAGGAGGCUGAGUGGUCGCCGGCGGAGGGGAGUCACAGCCAGCGGCAUCAGCUUCGUGGACAUGAUCGACAACCUGCGCGGAAAGUCCGGGCAGGGCUACUACGUGGAGAUGGCGGUGGGCUCUCCUCCCCAAAAGCUGAACAUCCUGGUGGAUACAGGAAGCAGCAACUUUGCUGUUGGGGCAGCUGCUCAUCCAUUCCUGCGCAGAUACUACCGUCGCUCACUCUCGACCUCUUACCGUGACCUUGGAAGGAGCGUGUAUGUUCCCUAUACCCAAGGUCGAUGGGAAGGCGAGUUGGGUACCGAUCUAGUUUCUGUUCCACACGGUCCUAAUGCCACGCUCUGUGCCAACAUAGCUGCAAUCACCCAAUCUGAUCACUUUUUCAUCAAUGGAUCCAACUGGGAAGGAAUCCUUGGACUGGCCUAUGCAGAUAUCGCACGGCCUGACGAGCGAUUAGAGCCUUUCUUUGACUCCCUGGUUCGCCAGACGCCUGUCCCCAACCUCUUCUCUCUCCAGCUUUGUGGUGCUGGCUUUACCCAAAACUACUCUCUUGGCAGCACUACUGUUGGAGGCAGCAUGAUCAUUGGAGGCAUAGAUACAUCCCUGUAUGUGGGCGAGCUUUGGUAUACUCCCAUCCGUAGGGAGUGGUACUAUGAGGUCAUUAUUGUGCGUAUUGAGGUGAAUGGACAGGACCUCAACAUGGACUGUAAGGAGUAUAACUACGAUAAGAGCAUUGUGGACAGUGGCACCACCAACCUUCGACUGCCCAGAAAAGUCUUCCAGGCUGCUGUCAAGGCUAUUGAAGCAGCUUCCUCAACAGAACAGUUUCCAUCUGGUUUCUGGCUUGGUGAACAGCUGGUGUGUUGGCAGGCCGGCACUACACCCUGGCACAUCUUCCCAGUCAUCUCUCUCUAUCUGAUGAGUGAAAACCGUAACCAGUCCUUUAGAAUCUCCAUUCUGCCGCAGCAAUACCUCCGGCCAGUUGAGGAUGUAGCUUCGGCUCAGGAAGACUGCUAUAAGUUUGCCAUGUCUCCAUCUAGCACUGGCACAGUGAUGGGGGCAGUUAUUAUGGAAGGCUUCUAUGUGGUGUUUGAUCGAGAGAAGAGUCUAAUCGGUUUUGCUGUCAGCACCUGUCACGUUCAUGAUGAGUUUCGCACAACCUCUGUGGAAGGCCCGUUCUAUGGUAUCGACUUGGAGGACUGUGGCUACAACAUCCCCCAGACAGACGAGUCCACUCUUAUGACUAUUGCCUACAUCAUGGCGGGUAUCUGUGCUCUAUUUAUGCUGCCAUUGUGUCUCAUGGUGUGCCAGUGGCGCUUUGCUCGCUGCCUUCACCCACAUGGGGACUUCUCUGAUGACAUAUCACUUCUUAAGUGAACUGGAGGACUCCUGGAAUCAUGGAGCCCUCAACUUGAAACAUAGAAAAGGAAUGGAAUGUGUACAAUGUUACAAUGUAAAAUAUUUUCCAGCAAUAUAAUCUGGAAAAUAGAUGCAGAUAUGAAGUAAAUACACAGUACGAUAACACAUAUUUUGACUCCUGCUUCUGGUACCUGGACUGCUCCAUUUUUAUUGUACUUUGAAAUGUUAUGGGUGGUUGUCAUGGUGAUGCAGCUGCGAAGAUAAACUGCUGUUACUUAUAACUGAAGGCUGUCUGUAAGCCAAAGCAAAAAUAAUUGAAGACGCAAUUGUGAGAAAAAUAAGGAAUUUGAAAGAUAUGACCUACGAUAAGACACAGACCUGUGAUGGCAAAAAUUAUCUUACUCUCAUGUGGCACUUUUUACGCAUACUGAAGGGAUUAUCUCGAACAAAUAGAAUAGUUCCCGUCUCAUGCAGGCUAUUAUGCAGAUCCGACCUAUGAUAUGAACAGAAGCCAAAAAGGGAAACAAAUAGCAUUCAGUAGCUAUUAUAUAUCAAUUUAUAAUAAAUACUUAAUUAGAAACAGAUAUUUAUUAGAUUUGAAACCCAAGCGAAAAAUAAUAAUGCUUUAUACAAUGAUUUGACUGGGAUGUUUACAGAGUCGAGCAAGCCAUAAUUGACAUUGUGCACAAUGGCAUGACUAUGUGUGGUUUUGGUGUGUUUUUAGAUCUACUGUUAGUUGAUUAUGGUGAAAAGCAAUGAGAUGUGAGCAUGUUUGCGUGUGUGUGCGUUCUCGCGUGUAGCUGUACUCGUGAAAAGUAUUCAGAUAGAUAUAAUGAAAAUUACACGACUGAAAAUUAUAUAAUAGUGUAUAUUAAUAAUUUUAUUAUUAUUAAUAACACUAUUUCACACACUCCACCAAAGAAUUCUUAUGACAAACUGAAAACUUAAAAAGUCUAAUUAUAUCACCUUGUAAUCUGUUUUGCUUGAAACUACUGAACACCAGGUCAGUAUCUGAUGUCACUUGUUAUAUUGUAAGCUCAAGUGUCUAUUGUACAUAAACUUUGUUUUCAGAUCUUCAGUUUGUGCUGAAAUACUUUGUUAUUGUUGCAAAGAAAAUCUGAAGUAUUGCACAUCAUCGAUACUGUUUCUGAAAUGUCAUAAUCUAAAACCUAUAGGGCUUUUUUCAUUACACAGACCCAGCCCAACUCAAUUCAGAACGUUUUUUAAGAGGCUGGAAAACCAGCUCAAAAUGUUAUGAAUGACUCGAGUUCAGCUACCGGCAUACUGUACCCCCAUGUUCUAAUAAAGUACAGAUUCUGUCAUAGUUAUUUAUUUAUUUAUUUUUGUUUUUGCACUACAAGAAAAGUAUGUGCAGGCACAGCAUAUGGUAAGCUCCAGAAAUAUGCAAAUGUUUCAAAUAUAUAUACAAAGUGUUGGAAGUGAUGAUAUUUUAAAUUAAAGUCUUGUGGCAUCCUUACCCAAAUA